AACCCUAACUUUUUCUGCUUCUCAAGCGUCUCGAAAUCUGAAUCCAGAUCAAACAAAAUUGAACGGACUUGCUUUGACACAGCAGACCGUGACUGCAUCUCGAAAUCGGGAUGGGUGCUCCAAAGCAGAAAUGGACUCAAGAAGAAGAAUCAGCUUUGAAGUCUGGAGUUAUAAAGCAUGGACCUGGUAAAUGGCGCACAAUUCUCAAAGAUCCUGAAUUUAGCGGAGUCUUGUACCUGCGUUCCAAUGUUGAUCUUAAGGACAAAUGGAGAAACAUGAGUGUCAUGGCGAAUGGGUGGGGAUCGCGCGAAAAGUCUAGGUUAGCUGUUAAAAGGACACUCUCCCUUCCUAAACAGGAAGAGAACUCACUAGCCCUAACCAAUUCUUUGCAAAGUGAUGAAGAAAUGGUGGAUGCGACCUCUGGACUGCAAGUUUCUUCUAAUCCUGCACCAAGGAGACCUAAUGUAAGGUUGGAUAGCCUUAUAAUGGAAGCAAUUUCUACCCUGAAAGAGCCUGGUGGCUGUAAUAAAACAACAAUUGGUGCCUACAUUGAGGAUCAAUAUCAUGCUCCAACGGACUUCAAACGGUUGUUGUCUACCAAGCUAAAGUACUUGACAGCUUGCGGUAAACUUGUGAAGGUUAAGCGUAAGUAUAGAAUUCCAAACUCCACUCCGUUAUCUUCCCACAGGAAAAAAGGUCUGGGGGCGUUUGCAGGAAGACAGAGGACUUCUUCUUUGCCUUCACCUAAAAUAGACAGAGAUGAAGUGAAUUUUCAGACAAGGUCACAGAUCGAUACAGAGUUAGCCAGAAUGAAGAGUAUGAACGUACAUGAGGCGGCAGCAGUUGCAGCACAGGCAGUAGCAGAGGCAGAAGCUCUCAUGGCAGAGGCUGAGGAAGCUGCAAAGGAAGCAGAGGCAGCAGAAGCCGAAGCCGAAGCAGCUCAAGCUUUCGCUGAAGAAGCUUCAAAGACACUGAAAGGAAGAAACAACUGCAAAAUGAUGAUCCGUGCCUGAGGUGAUGGAAAGCGAGAGAAGAAGAAACUAAAAGUGAAGAGAGAGUAGAGAGAAGCCUAGUGUUUGUGUUGUUGAUGAUUCUCUCUACUUUAGAAGGUUUUUUUAGUAGUAAGCAAUCAAAUAUGUUUGUCAGU